AUGUCUGUUUCGACGAUACCUCGCAUGCGCACUGGAACUGCGACACCGUUGAUGGCGCCACAAGCUACGGGAGGACAUGCAUGUCCACGAUGUGAUACCAUGCCAGAAGCUAAGAGAAGAAUACUGGAGUUGGAGACUCAAGUCCGAAUACUCACGGAAAAGGCCACCGCUGCGGUGGACAAGUUGGCAGAUUAUGAAGAUCAGUUACAAAGGCUUAAAACCUCGCAAUCCCCCAUAUCGCCUUCGGAUCUCACCUCUACGCCUGUGGAAGCAGCACUGAACGAACCCGUCACGACUCCACCAGUAGAGACCAAACUACAAUCACGUUUCUCGAACCUCCUUUCCCGACGCUCAAUUGCACAUCUUUCUACAGUGUCCAGUCGAUCAGAGGCGGACCUCCAAAUUGCCCUCCAACGUGAACAGGACCUGCGCCAGAAGGCAGAAGGCAAGCUCACACAAAUGAAUACCGAGAUCGAGGAUCUGUCGGUGCAGCUCUUUCAGCAGGCAAACGAGAUGGUGGCUACAGAGCGUAAAGCCAGAGCCAAGCUCGAGGAGCGGGUUGAGAUGCUGGAGAAAAGAGACGAUGACAAGAGAAAGAGACUAGACAGACUUGAAGGGGCUAUGAAAAGAAUCGAUCGAGUGCGAGAUCUACUUGCGCCCUGA